CCAUUUUCCUCUCAGCACCGCUAGUCAUCCGAUACUAGUUCGUGAAGGCAAGUAAAUACAGAAGGACAGACAUGACUUCUCCGGCGUGUAAAAAAUCAAAAAUGGCAAAUUCUUUGGAACAGCUUAAAUCACUGACAACUGUUGUUGCUGAUACUGGUGAUUUUCAAGCUAUGGAACAAUUUAAGCCGACCGAUGCCACGACGAAUCCUUCACUUAUACUGGCUGCGGCUAAUCAGAAGAAAUACGCACACUUGUUAGAUAAGGCUGUUCAUUAUGGAAAGAAGGCAGGGAGUACCCUUGGUGAGCAAGUGGAGGCUGCCAUGAAUAUGACUUGCGUGCUCUUCGGUCAGGAGAUCCUGAAAAUAAUUCCAGGAAGAGUUUCGACCGAAGUGGACGCUAGACUGUCAUUCAAUAAAGAAGCUAGUAUCGAAAGAGCCAAGAAAUUGAUUUCUCUGUACGAGGAGGUCGGAAUUAGUAAGGAGAGGGUUCUGAUCAAGCUCGCAUCCACGUGGGAAGGCAUUCAAGCAGCUAAAGAAUUGGAGGAAAAGUACGGGAUCCAUUGCAACUUGACACUGCUCUUCAAUUUUGCUCAAGCUGUCGCUUGUGCCGAGGCUGGAGUCACUCUAAUUUCACCAUUCGUCGGACGUAUCCUUGACUGGUACGUCGCAAAUACAGAUAAAAAGACAUACGAACCAAAAGAAGACCCUGGAGUCAUAUCAGUAACAAAAAUCUACAACUACUACAAAAAAUUCGAUUACAAAACUGUCGUAAUGGGUGCGUCUUUCCGUAACGUUGGAGAAAUAAAGGAGCUCGCUGGCUGCGACUUCUUGACAAUCAGUCCGAAGCUUCUGGAAGAUCUUGAGAAAAGUACGGAGCCCUUGAAAAAGGCGCUGAAUGUAGAGGCAGCCAAGAAGUGUGAUCUGCAAAAGAUAAGCCUCGGAGAAGCGGAAUUCAGAUGGCUUCUCAAUGAGGACCAGAUGGCCACUGAUAAGCUCAGCGAUGGGAUCCGUAAGUUUGCUGUCGAUAUGAGGAAACUUGAGAAACUGUUGCAGGAGAAAAUCCAGGGUUAAAAGGUUCAGAAGUAGAUGGAAAUUUUAUCAUGAUUUUUCUAUUUGAGAAACAUUUGUACCUAUUUUUGUACAUUUCUUAUUGUCCUUUGAGGUUUGGGUACCGUGGGCCCUUGUAUAAAGAUCAAUUUUUCGAAUCAUAUUGUCUACCUUGCAUUUUCGGGUAUUUUAAGAAACAUAAGAGUGAGAAAAUCUAAAUUAUCACAAGAAGAUGUUUAUUAACGGCAAUACAAAACGCUGUAAUAUUAUAAAUAAAUAUAAUGAAAUGAG